GCCGGGGCGGGAGCGGGGCCGGGCCAGGGCGGGCAGCGAUGGCGGCCGAGCUGCGGGAGGCGCUGGAGCAGCGGCUGCGGGACCUGGGCAUCGCCACCGUCACCGCCGAGCACCCGCAGGUGUUCACUGUUGAGGAAAUGAUGCCCCACGUCCAACACAUGAAAGGAGGUCACAGUAAAAACCUGUUUCUUAAAGACAAAAAGAAGAAAGGGUUCUGGCUGGUGACCGUCCUGCACAACAGGCAGGUCAACCUGAACGAACUUGGUAAAAAACUGGGCGUUGGAAGUGGAAACCUAAGAUUUGCUGACGAGAACGCCAUGCUGGAGAAGCUCAGAGUGGGUCAGGGCUGUGCCACGCCGCUCGCCCUCUUCUGUGACCAGGGAGAUGUGAGGCUGGUGCUGGACGCUGCCUUGCUCGAAGGAGGCCAUGAAAAGGUGUAUUUUCAUCCAAUGACAAAUUCUGCAACCAUGGGCUUAAGCCCCGACGACUUCCUGAAGUUUGUGAGAUCAACAGGCCACGAUCCCGUCAUCGUACACUUCGAUGAAGACAUUAAGUAAAGGAAGUUCAUUUUUCUACUGCUACUCGUAGAUUUUUGUAGAGCAAAACUGGUGAAAAAUCUCAUUACAAAUAAAACUUGAAAAAAAAUGGCUUACUCCUUUUUCAUUUGUAUCACUUA